AUGGAGCCUCUGGAGAAUACCGAGCAGGAAGGGUUGGUGGAGGAGCCGAUAAUGCGCGCGGACGAAGUUGACAACAUUGGAGUCGAUAUAACCACAUCCACUGAGGAACCAGUGGUCGCAGCAGAUACCGUCUCAGACGUGAAACUCCCUGAAGAUAACGAAGCAAAAGUCGAUGAAGCGGAUGGAUUUGGCGAUGCAUCUGUACUGCAGAGACUGUCUCAGCCUUCAACUAGACCUGAAUUACGGCGUGACAGAGUGGCACCACCCCCACCCUUGCAACCACCACCACCUGCGCCAGUACAGAACCCUGAAACCCAGACGGACUCAGUGAGCCUUGCUCAACUCCGCAAAAUUGUUCAAGAUCUUCCAAAGGCCGAUUUACCAUCUUAUGCCUUCAAAUAUGACGACUGUCAACCAUUCCCGGAAGAGAUCAAUGAAUGGUUUGGCGACAACGAGCCUGAUAAACUCAUGUUACUGGGCUGCAAAACCACUUUUGAACAGACCUGGUUAUCUUUCUGUGAGGCGUUGCCUGAUCUCCCCGAAAGUGAAUCAUCUUGGUUAAGCGCCACGGACGAGGACAAAGAGGCAUUUAUAGAAAAGAUGAUAGGACUGUUUACCAGCACCGAUAUCUUUUCCCGAAUCGAGGCCCUGGAGAGCAUCUGCUACACCUUAACAGGUGUCUGGGUUUCUACUGCUGGAAGGGUGGCUGGGGAUUAUCCUUCUGACAUUACUGAUCAUGAUGCGGCCGAGACUCCAAAGGAGCGAUCUAUGCAAAUUCAAUGGAUGAUUAAAAACGCCCAUACUUUUCUGGAAUGCCAAGGUAUCGAGGCUCUAUUUGCUUAUUUACAACGGUUUUUCAACAAGGAUCAGACGUUAGUACAAGAAGAUUUGAAGGCCUUUGCAAAUGAAAGCGGCACAACGGUCUAUGUUGCUACAAGAGAUAGGGAAAUUAAUCUAAUACUCACCUGUCUUUAUAUCAUUGUUGAGGUGGCACGGAGAGAAGAAAAGCUGGAAUACUCUAGCCUGGAAUUGAGAGAUGCAUUUGCCGCGUUAAAUCCCAACCUACCCGCGACUCUUGUUGAAAUCGUUGCACGGCUUCGGUGGGAUGAUCCGUCCAUCUUUCCACUAACGAGAGUCCUCCUUCUCUUCUGGAAAUCAAUUCUUCUUCUAUUUGGUGGCAUCGAACCUUUGAAAAGAGCAAAAACUAUCUUGGAGCCCAUGCAUGUACCAACUGGUUCUGGUCAAAACGAGUCAUCAAAUAUUCCAACCCUUACUGCUUCUCCACUGGACUAUCAUCUAUUUAGACAAGAGAUUAUAUCAAAAUAUCCUGCCUACAACCCACCACCACCAUUGGUUCCUUUUGAGCUGGAACACAAUUCAGUUCUGCCUCCCCUUCCCACGUCCUCAAGCCGCAAUUCUUCGUCCGUUCUGUUUUCUGGAGUUGGGUCUACCCUGGCGAAUAACAACGACUCUAUUCUCCAUCAAUCCGUCCACAUUGCCACACCUGCCCCUUCCCCUCCGCCAUCCCCAGGGGGCCCUGGAAAGGUGGGCAAGAAGCAGAAUUACCAAACAAAUCAGCAUUUCCCUUUCAUGUACCCUCCAUUGGACGGUUCAAGUAAUAAUAUUGGAGGAAAAGGAACUAGCGACCUUCAGGACAGUCUUGUGGGUAGGAAGUGGGAAGGCAGCGAUGUUCCUGCGUCAAUAAUUGAGGCCGGCGAACUGUUCUCUAGCCGCAUGAGGAUGACACGGGCAUUGCAACAACUUUGGGAAGAGCGAGAAGCGUUCAUGAAGUACGAUCGUGGAUGGGAUGAAAGGGCGCCCGACAGUGGUUACCGAAGGCCGUCCAAUGGCCAUGAAUCAGAAUCACCAGCUGAUCAAGAAUUGAAGCCUCGACGUCAAACUGAAGAUGAAGAUGUUCAACGACGCUUGGAUGAAGUCGAAAAAUUUUACUCUUUCGUGAUUGUUGUGUUGAAGGAACUUUUAACGAGCAUCACCGCUAUUGCAAGCCAAACAAAUGGCAACGAUGAUAUGGAUGGUAGAGCAGACAACGCAUUGAAUGGCCAGAAACAACCAUCGAACAAGAAUCGCAUUCUAGAGCCAUUCCUAUCUACAAAACAGCUUCAAGAAGCAAGAUCACGAGAGAUCAGAUUUGAAGCUAUUUCUGGAGCAUUGAUUCUACUUUUGAAAUGGUUCAAAAGAUGCCAUAUCUUGAAAUUUGAGUAUUUGUCGCAAAUACUACUCGACUCAAAUUAUAUUCCUUUAAUAUUAAAAAUGUUCAUUCACCAGGAAGUUGACCAUGCUGUCGCCCAACCCCAAGACCCACUAGUAUCAAGUUUUUUUCACUUCUGUCAUGUUCAUUCUAACCAACCACCGGAACCAAUCCCUCCUCUCGAACCCACAGAAAUUGCGGAUGACAGUAGUGAAGACGAAGCAGCUCCACCCCCGAUACUUCGGCAGAGCCGUUCUAGAAUAUCGAUGCUCGAAGAGGCGUCUGCAAAAUUGGCUGCAACUGAACAUAGCAAAGAAAAUUCCAGGUUCCUUGAAGUCGAUGAGCUAGGUUUUCCGACAGCACCAAUUGAGCCAGGACCUAUUUCGACCUACUCCUUCCGAAACUUCUUCUCUGCUAUCAACUUCCUGCACAUCAUGCACAAGAUUACCCGCGACAAGGCUCAUAGGUGUUUACACCUUGUGCAGUAUAAAUGUAGCGCUGUGCUACGGAAGGGUCUCAAGAUACCAGACCCGCACCUUCGACUAUAUACUCUCAAGCUGUUUAAGUCACAAGUUCCUUACUGUGGCAGAAAAUGGCGGUUAAGCCACAUGAGAGUCAUAACGGCGAUCUAUCUGUAUUGUCGGCCUGAGCUGCGCGAUGAUUGGCUUGCUGGCGGUGAUGUUGAUGCCGAAGUGGAGGAAUCGCUACCAAUGGAACAAGCACUAAGAGGGUUAACCCACUGGUGGCAUGUUAGGCAGUACAAGGAUGUCUUGUCUACUGAGAAUGGGAAACCAUUGGUAGAGGAAGAGCGAGAUUUUUUCACACGAGAACUGGAGAAAAUUGGGUGGGGGUGGUUCGGAGAAGAACUAAAUAAUGGUGUUGAUGAGGACGGAGAAUUUGUGCCUCAUAUUGGAGGAGGCCCUGAAUUAGAGAAAGCCAUACAGAUGGAGGCUUGGUAA